CUCUUUCUCCUCACCUCCCUUCUUUCUUUCUUUCUUUCUUUCUUUUUUACUGUUCAAAAUGACGGCUACAAAAGAUGAACUUGUAUUAGAAAAGAUACUUUCUAAAAUAGAAAGCUUAAAAGCUGAUCAAGAAAAGUUGACUGAACAGUUUGAAAAGUUAUCAACCAACAGUAGUGGUAAAUUUACUACUACUACUACUACUGAUAAUGUAGAUCCAAUUUCACCUUCUAUCUCAAUUCAAACUAUUUUAAAAAAUGAAAAGUCAUGUACAAGUGAGCAAACAAUACCUGUAUCUCCUACUACUAAUCCAUAUCCUAGUCGUGUUAUUUUAACUACUUAUCCAAAUCAACAAGGUGUUAAACCUGUUCCCUUAAAUUGGGGUGCCAAGGAUCCCAAGACAAGAGGUCCAAUUAUUGCCUCACGUCAUGCAGGAAGUCUUAAAAAAAGAAAUGCAAUUGGUGCUUAUGGCGGUUCUUAUUGUAUUUACCGUGCAUUGGCUAUAGCUAUCGGCGAUUUACCUUCAAACCAUCGUCCUAACUUUGAUUUAACUGACCCAGUAUUCAAGUUAGGUCCUCAUCCUGCUUGGUUUGAUCCUGAAAAAAUUGUUUCAAUAGAUCCCUUUGGUCAUGAGGCACCUAUUCUCUUUAAAGAAGAAUAUGAAAAUGGAUUAGAUAUUAGACCUACUAUUGCUAUUACAAAGGCACAUAUGACAAUGGCUGAGAUGGAAAUGAGUGUGGAGAAAGGAACAUUAAAAGUAGACGGUAAGAUUGUCGUUAACUCACGUGGCGAUUUGGCUGUUUCAAAAGCUGCUAUUGAACCUGUUUGGUAUCUUCCUGGUGUAGCCAAACGUUUUGGAAUUGAAGAAUCCGUGCUGAGGCGUGCUCUCUUUGAAGAUACAGGUGGAAUGUUCCCUGAGUUGAUUACAAGACCUGAUUUAAAAGUAUUUUUACCUCCAAUCGGAGGCGUUAGUGUCUAUAUUUUUGGUAAUCCUGACUAUAUUUCUGAUCCAUCCAAGAAAUUGACCCUGCGUAUACAUGAUGAGUGCAAUGGAUCUGAUGUAUUUGGUAGUGAUAUUUGUACUUGCCGACCUUACUUGAUUUAUGGCAUUGAAGAAUGUGCUAAACAAGCUCAACAAGGUGGAGUGGGUGUUAUUGUUUACUUUAGAAAAGAAGGAAGAGCUCUUGGUGAAGUAACAAAAUAUCUUGUUUAUAAUGCUCGUAAAAGACAGGUUGGCGGUGAUACGGCUAAUAAUUACUUUUUACGUACCGAAUGCAUUGCUGGCGUAAAAGAUAUGCGUUUUCAAGCUUUAAUGCCUGAUGUUUUACAUUGGUUGGGUAUUCAGAAAAUUGAUCGAAUGAUGUCAAUGUCAAAUAUGAAACAUGACGCUAUUGUAGAUUCUGGUAUUCCUAUUCUUGAACGUGUCCCCAUACCGGAAGAACUUAUUCCAGAAGAUUCGAGAGUUGAAAUAGAUGCAAAAAUAGCAUCAGGUUAUUUUACAAGUGGUGAGGCUUUGAAUGAAAAUCAACUUGCUCAAGUCAAAGGUCGUAGUUGGGAGGAUAUUGAGCAUUAAUGGGAGAUUUAUGAUUGGUUCUCUUUUUUUUUUAUACAUUUAUAAUUUGUCAGGUGGGA